GUCAGCAAGGCGCGCGGCGGUUGGGCGGCGCCGCGUGGCGCGGCGGGCGGCCCCGCGACAUGGCGGCUGCCACCUGGAGCUACCGCGGGGACCCCGAGGCGGAGCAGCCGGCGGUGCUGGUGACCUUCGCCAACGGGCAGCUGCGGCGCCCCGCCGCCCUGCGCUUCCGCCUCUACCGCAGCCGCGACGCCGCCGCCGACCCGCGCAGGAGGCGCCGCCGGAUCCUGGUCUCGGAAACUGAAAGGCUUUCAUAUGUGGGAAAUAACUUUGGCAGUGGAGUUUUGAAAUGUAACUCACUAUGCAGAUAUUUUGUUGGUGUGUUAAACAAGGGCUCUGGGCAAAUGGAAGUCUACAAUGCUGAAAUAUUCAACAUGCAGCCCUUGCUGUCAGAUAAUGUACUACCUGAUGACACCAGGGAUUACCAGAAUAAAUCCUUCAGGGAGAAGGUGGAUUUGUGCAUUGAGGCCUUUGGCACCAGCAAGCAGAAGCGAGCCCUGAAUUCUCGACGAAUGAAUGCGGUGGGCAAUGAUAUUCUUAACACAGCUGUGACAAAAGCAGCAGCAAAUGUGAUAGAUGCAAAGGGAGUAACAGCUUUGAUCCAAGACGUGGCCCAAGAUGAUGUACAGAACAUGUCCAUGUUUCUGCCUCCGUGUCAUGAAGAUGCUGACAAACCGGAACAUGUUUACAAGUUUGAAGACAUCCUGUCGCCAGCAGAGUUUGAAGCAUUGAAGGUUCCAGCCGCAGCCUUUGUUAACAUCACUCCAGAAGAAAUCACCAAGAAAACAGAAGAGAAAAGCCAUUGCUCCUUUGUCUUAGAGGAGCUGAAGUUCCUGCCUGUUGAUGAGAAGAGCCGGGAUCACAAAGCCCGAUGCCUGUGGUUCCUGGACGUCCUUAUUAAGUUCAGCUUCCUGAAAGUCAUCAAGAAGAAGCAUCCAAUGGGUCCUGAAUGUCCACACAUCAUUAGCAGGAAACUCAUGAAGAACUUCACCUCACUGACCUACAACAAUGGCAGUGUCCAGAAUUUAGUCUCUGCAUCAAUGAAGACUAAAAUCACAGCAUACGUCAUCGCGCUGGCUCUGCACAUUAACAAAUUCCAAAUAGACCUCACCAUUCUGCAGAAUGACAUGAAGCUCCAAGAAAGCAGGAUGAUGGACAUUGCAAAGGCCAUGCGGCUGAAGAUCUCCAAGGCAAAAGGACUGCCAGGACUUGAGAAUGAUCAGAACCACAAGCUUGGCACACUGUCUCUCCCCUUGCCUGCGCAGAAGACAUCAGGGAACCAAAGGAAGCGCAAGAAGAUGAACUAAAAUAUCUGAGAGGUCUGAGCAGGUGUGAAAAAGUUCCCUUCAGAACAGUCACCCUGUACAUACAGAGUCAUGGCGAUGCUUCUCUCUGCUGUGUUUGGUUGUCCAGCAUUACUGCACGAUCUCACUGAAGUCACAGUGUCGGGCUGGAACCGGUGUUCACUUCAUUAAACUGCUGAUCUUUUCUAUUAAAAAAAAAAAAAGCUCCAAUACUAAUAA